GGCUCCCGGCGCGGCGGGCGCGCACUCCCUGCUCCUCCUCCUCCUCCUCCUCGCUGGCGCUGCACUCUCUGCUCGCGCCGGGCGCGCUCCACCGGCUCCCAGCUCUCCGCGCCACCCUCCUCUGGGCCGCGCUCCCUGAGGGAUGGUACUGAAUUUCGCCGCCACAGGAGCCCGGCUGGAGCGCCCGCCCCGCGGCCUCGCCUCCCUGCCGAGCCGCCAGCGCCUCGGGACGCGAUGAGGACCUGGGCUUGCCUGCUUCUCCUCGGCUGCGGAUACCUCGCCCACGCGCUGGCCGAGGAGGCGGAGAUUCCCCGCGAGUUGAUCGAGCGGCUGGCUCGCAGUCAGAUCCACAGCAUCCGGGACCUGCAGCGACUCCUGGAGAUAGACUCCGUAGGGGCUGAAGAUGCCUUGGAGACCAGCCUGAGAGGCCAUGGGGCCCGCGCCAAGCAUGCGCCUGAGAAGCGGCCUGUACCCAUUCGGAGGAAAAGAAGUAUUGAGGAAGCCAUUCCUGCAGUCUGCAAGACCAGGACGGUCAUUUACGAGAUACCUCGGAGCCAGGUGGACCCCACGUCUGCCAACUUCCUGAUCUGGCCUCCGUGUGUGGAGGUCAAGCGCUGCACGGGCUGUUGUAACACGAGCAGUGUAAAGUGCCAGCCCUCAAGGGUCCACCACCGGAGUGUCAAGGUGGCCAAGGUGGAAUACGUCAGGAAGAAGCCAAAAUUGAAAGAGGUGCAGGUGAGGUUGGAGGAGCACUUGGAGUGUGCCUGUGCCACCUCCAGCCUGAACCCUGAUCAUCGAGAAGAGGAGACGGGUCUCAGCCUCUGUCUCUCCGCUCUGUCUCCCCCGCAGAUGUGAGGUGAGGAUGAACCCGCAGCCCUCUCGGGACACGGAUCUAUGUGACGUGUGACAUUCCUGAACGUACUGUGUACGGUGCUGUAUUUGCCAGAGUAAGGUCUUUUGUUCUCCUCCGUGGAAAAAAAACAAAACAAAAAAAAACAAGAAAAAAAAAACCCCACAAAAAAAAAAAUCCCAAAACUGUGUCCAAGAAACUCUGGAGAACAAAGGGACAGUGUAAAUUUGUUCAUUGUGACAUCAAAGCAGGCAUUGUAGCACUCGGAGAGACAGAACGAAGCUUCCUGAUGAGUGAGCGAGAAAAACAAAGCCACAAACCCUCGCCAACAACAGACACGGGCGACACGAGGGCCACCAGGGAUGGACGUGCGGCGAGCGGGUGGCCGGCCGGGUCCUGCGUCCCGUCCACCGAGGCGGGCACAGGUGCUUCCUGCCCCGGGGACGCGGGGUUGGGGGGGG